AUGACCCCCCUCCACCAAGAUCCUCUUCCAUGUCCUCCCAUAAGCCCCCCCUCUUCAACCCUCACGAGCAGCUUAUGCUUCUUCAUCCAUGAGUGGGUGCUGAAACCACUCUCCAACUGGUACUGUGAGAUCCGCGGUAUCCCGAGACAAUUUGCUGUUUUCCCUCUUCCUUUCGGACUGAUCUUGAAGAGCUGCCCCAAUCUCCGCGAGCAAGAAGGUCUCGCUAUGAACCUUGCGCGCGCAAUGGGUGUUCCGGCGCCUAAAUUCAUUUCAUAUGGCGACCCACCUCCGUCUUACCGCGAUACGGCGUUUCCUUCCCUGCUUAUGACGCGCCUACCAGGGAAGGUGCUCGAUCAAUCAGGUGGCAAUGUUGGACUGGAGGGGGUAAAAGAGGACCUUGUUCGCAUCCUCACGCUGAUGCGUCGCUUCGAAAGCCCUUGGGGAGAUGCUGUGUGCGGCAUUGAUGGUGGACCCGUAUAUGGUCCCUUGGUGCCGGCGGGGCCCCUUCCUCCAAGCGCCGACGAAGCAGAAUUUUACAAAGCAUUCAAAUGUUAUGUGGACUUUGCUAGCAAGGACGCGUCCUCUCAGGAUGCGCAUGCUGCUGCUGAACGCUUCUUUGCACUACCUCGUCAUGCCAUCGUUUUCACACACGGUGACCUCAAUUCUCACAAUAUCCUUGUUAACGCCAAUGGGCGUAUCACUGGCAUAGUAGAUUGGGAGGCGGCAGCGUGGCUCCCUGACUACUGGGAAGUUAGCAUUGCGGCAGUCUAUAGCAGGCGUCCAUGGAGUGCGUUCAUGAGUGAGGGGGUUACAUCGGGCGCCUAUGCUGAGGAGGUGAAGGGGUACCGCGGGGUAUUCCAGCUCACCGCAGACACGCUGAGCAUUGGAUAAAUCGUUAGGAGCCAAUUGACGGACGCAGGUUACGUUCUGCAGGAGCUGUACACUAGUAGCUUGCCGUUCUAGUGCUUGAUUCACUUUCGGUUGAUACCUUACUUUACAUUCUACGUCUCUUUUUACGCAUUAUCGCUUGUGCAUU